AUGACAGGAUCGAUUGUAAAGACUGAAGAUAUCAGUUCCAUCUCUGGUAGAGGGGACACGAGUCAAUCGCCGGAAGAAGUGGAGGAAUCUCUCAGGCUCAUUGAAGAUCUCAAAUUUUUUCUAGCGACAGCUCCCGCCAAUUGGCAAGAAAAUCAAGUAAUCAGGCGGUAUUAUUUGAGUAAUGACGAAGGAUUUGUAUCGUGUGUGUUUUGGAACAAUUUAUACUAUAUUACAGGGACAGAUAUCGUCAGGUGCUGCGCAUAUAGGAUGCAGAAAUUUGGUAGAGAGAUUGUAGAAAGGAAAAAAUUUGAAGAAGGUAUCUUUUCAGAUCUACGAAACUUGAAAUGUGGCAUUGAUGCAACUCUUGAGAAACCUAAAUCGGACUUACUUGCAUUCCUAUAUAAGAACAUGUGUCUGAAGACACAAAAGAAGCAGAAGGUUUUCUUUUGGUUCAGUGUACCACAUGACAGAUUAUUUGCAGAUGCACUGGAAAGAGAUUUGAAACGGUCAUCUACUGGUUCUCAGCCUACUACUAGGGCUGUAAGCGAACCCGCUUUAUCGUUCAGAUGGGAAGCUAACUCAGAUGUAUCGCUAUACGAUCAAAUCACUAAUCAUGUAGAUUCUCAAAGGACAGAUUCAAGGCCGUCGACGGUUGGUGCGCAGGAUGUGACGCAAAAGCAGAACAAUCGUGUCACUGACACUCCGGUAAGUGCUUCUAAGGACGUAGAACCAUUUGAAUCUAAUGUUGUCGAGGAUGAAGUCCAAAUAGUAGAUAACAACAAGAUGUGUUACGGGCUGCCGCAUUCAGAGUCGAACAACUAUGUGCCUCAACAACUAAUUGUGCCUCAGUCUGAUCUUGAAAGGAACGAACUCACAAAUGAAUUCGAUGAAUUGAACGCAGAUUUGAAACCGAGCGAUAUUCUUACUUCCAACCAAGAAGAUGAUGAUUUCCCAUUGGAUUACUUCCCAGUAGAGAUAGAAUACUCACAAACAAGUAUGGAUAGUUCCUUACACAUGGCCUCGCAAGGCGCUAAGCAUCCUAGUCAAAUGAUGUUCUACGAAGAUAUGGACGGAAUGAUGCUGGGCCCCAAAUACCCAAUCUCUGCUGGUAUAUAUGAAGAUCCUUUUUUCCGUGAAGAAAUGGCAGCUUCAAACGCCUCUAAAUAUAUGAUGCCACCGCCAAUGUCAGCUACUAGGGCGCACUUUAUGACAAACGGAGAAUAUUACUCCAAGAGUAGAGAGGGUAAAAAGCAUGGGAAAUCGGGUAGGCAACAUGGACCUGAUGAUGGCAGAAGGGACUACGAUAAUGAAAACGUUGGUUCCUCCCCAUCUGAAAACCAAAAUCCUAAUGAAGAACUCGAUGCUACUGAAAAUAAUCAAGAUGCCGAUGACAAUCGUUCACCUGAUAUUUACCCGCCAACUGAUGCAAUGGCAAAUGACGAAUAUAUACCAGCUUACAAUAGAAGGAUGCAAAUGAGUGAAUCUCUUGUGCAUCCGUACACUGGAAUGAUGCUGAACCCUUACAUGUUCUGUAAUAUGUUAGCGGUUGAUCCAUCGUUAAACAUGGGAGUCAAUCCGGUAGUAGAUCCCUUUUAUGGACAGAAUCAUAGCAUGGAUGUGGCCCACGAUGUAUAUUCUCCUCAGGAGGUUGUUUAUCCUUCUAACUACAGAUCUACUCCAAAGGCCGCUUACUUCAAUAUGAGAUCGCCUUACGGUAGGAAUUUCCCACCACCCUCAGCAAUGAACCCAUAUUACACUCCGUAUCAUCGCAGACAACCCUCUUCUGCAACAAGAAGGUAUUUCAGUAAGGCAAAUCUUAUCAACAGGAAAUCCAAGUCUCCGCCAAGAAAGAAUGUGGUUUCCAAACCAUCUCACAAAGCUCCUAAAAAAGUCAAUAGAACUAGACACGCUACUUCUAUGCACGUUGGCCUCGGUGGAAAGGAUUCAGGAAACACUUCUUCAGAAUCUCGUGAUGACUCGACAAAGGAGGACUCUAAUUAA